CGGCCUUACAGAUCUUGCUGCAUACCAAAGGUGGUGUUGCGGACUUUAGCCGGAAAGCCAUCGAGGCCUGCUGUUAUACUCGGAGAAUAUCUCCUUGCAUCUCCUGGCUUCUCCUGGCUUCCGCUUUCUUUCAGGAACAAAUAGUCAGCUCACCGGUUAUGGCUGGCUUCCGACAAUAACCAUCUCCCUUAAGCCUAUCAUCUCCUACUUCCCCAAGCUUCUCACGAACAAUACCUUGUGGCCCCGCACAGUUAGAGGCUGCUAAGAGCCACGCCGUAUUUUAUCUGAUUUGCUCGGCAUGCAAAAGUAGAGAUCGCAUGGAAGCAGCCUCCUAUUGGCUCAACUUAACGCCUGCCGCUUAGAUGACGUAAGCCGCGGUUGUUGAGGUCUGUUUGCAGUGUUCGCUCCGGAAAUUGGUGAGGCAGCGAUGCUCGUUGUGUGAGAGACGGGAAUGCUGGAGGGUGCGAGGACAGCUUGACAUCUAUUUCAUAUUUUCGAGUCUUGAGACGAUGUAAUCAUAUCAUCUGUAUAAUUCAUCUCUUCAUCCUGAAUCAUGGAGUCGUCCCCUUUGACACAACAGACCCGUCCAGAAGCCUUCCAGCCCAAAAUAGUCCAGCUCUAUGAAAACUUACUUUUUAAUCCCGACUAUGUGGAACCUACGGAGGGAUUUUGGCGGGAGUUCUUACUUCUCCCGCCCGACAGGCCGUCCCUUGCUGAGAUGCUCAACCGGAUAGGUCCUGAUGAUAUGCUGCACAUUCAGGCCCAAACCCAGCGCCUCUUUGCCCGUGCUAUACGAGAGUCGGCUUCUGGGAAGGACCCAGUGAAUUCCCACGCUCUGGAGACUUUAUCCACCUUCCUUGGUGGUGUUUUGUCGAAGAAAUACACCAAUCCAAGUGCAGAUAUCAUCACCAUCCUUGCAGGUUUACAUGAAGUAGACCAGGUAUUCUCAGAAUUUGUUUCCGUCUUAGACGGCAUUAUACGGAAUGGAACAAACCUGGAUCUACGGUCGAAAGCUGUGGAUGCCGCGAUUGCAAUAACGAGCGGCGCUUAUAAAACCGGCCUUAUUUCCUACUUUAUGCAUCGAGAUUUAUUUCCAUCUCUAAUGAAACUUGUACAUGAUUCCGAUACCCCCAUGCAGAUUUUCAAGCCUUUUUUGUUAUUGGGACUCCUUGCGAAUUACAACAAGUUCGAGUUUCAAAACCCCUACCAACUGCGACUCGAUGAUUUUGUCAACGAAGCAACGAUUUCGAAGAUCGUCCGGGGCGUUGGCAACACUUGCUCCAUUCUAAGGAACUCUUAUGUUGCAGUUCAAGAUGAUCUUCCCGAGGGAUGGACUUGGAGCGGUACGCUGGCGUUCUUCGGACUUGGUGUGCUUGCUGGAAGGUCCAAAACCCAGCCGCUCACCACCGAGGAGAUUAAAGAGCGGUUUGCAGAGCUUCCUUCAUUUGAAGCAGCAGUAUUGCUUUCAAUGUACGAGUUUAUCAAUGCAAAUAAGCUGUUCUCCCAUUCCCUCGUUUUGUCAACGCCGGAGAAGCGCUCCGAAGAGUCGCCGUUCUCUAGCUUCUUGUCUUUAACCUCGUAUAUGCUUCAACACGCCUACAGAUCUGUGCGAGUGGCCCUCUACUCCGAAGCAAAUUUGCUGUCUCUGCAAAUUCUCGUGGAGGAUCCUGUUCUGUGCAAGCAGAUAUGCAGCGAUGAAAACAAGAGAUCUGUGAGACUCUGCCGGCAGCGAACGCCCCAUCUCCCAUUGGUAAAUGGGGAUAGGGUCUUAGCCACUGUCAUUUUUGACAUAAUGAUCGACACUAUCACUCAUAAUCUUCGCAAAAGUCUUGAUGUCUUCCUUUACAGCCAUGUGAUAUCCAUAAUCCUCCGCCUCUUAACGUAUGUUUCAGCGAACAAAACCCGCUUACAAUACCACUGGUCCGAACUAUGGCGCAGUCUACUGACCCUGGUUCGUUUCCUCACCACUUACGCCACCGAUUUGUCUUCCGACCCAAACAUUCAUCUUCUCACGACAGAUUUAAUUAACCUCCUUGCAUUUUGCAUAUCUGCUGGCGAUACCUUUCUCCCCGACCCUGCCUCUUACGACGAUCUGUUCUACAAAUUAGUCGAAGCGGGCCCUAUCCUCAGCCGUUUCCGCGAAGUGUAUAAAACUACGUUUUCAGCGCCAUCAAAAGCCCCCAACGGCAAACUUGAUCACAAAAGUAGCCAAUCUGACUCAACCAAAUCGCUAGCUCUUCUCCUUAGAGUCUCAACCCAUUUCCAUUCCCUGUUAUUCCUCCCCGAAAAGCAGAAAGAAGAUACCACGACCGAAUCUACGGUUCCGACAAUUCACAGCAACAAAAAGAAAAACCUCAGUCCUCGCGAGGUUCACAGCAUCAUCAAAGAAGGCUACGCGACUCUCAGUAUUGAGCCACAGGAAGGGUUGAGUAAUUGGGAAAAGUGGCGCGAAGCUGACUGGAAGCCCCGUCUCAAGCGGAUCGGGCGUACAGCGGUUGACGAUUCGCGGACUCUUGUGGCGACUCGUGGGGAAGGCAUGCAGAGUCACUUGCCGGUAACUGGCGGUAAAAGUAUUGGGGCUGGUGGAGAGAAAUGAUGCUUCAUGCUAGGACCGUCUUCUCACUCGCAUCGGUUGUGGAUGGGCUCCCCUCUUCUAGCUUGUUCUAUUCAAUUUGUCUAAAGCAAGUUUAUCUUUGCACAAUAUCCCAUUUCAUCAAGGAUCUGUAUCCUGAGUUCAAUAAAAGAUAUGAUAUGUCCAC